AUGAAGAUAACUCUCUUUGUCUUGCUGCUUACCGCAGCGGUGGCUCUCGCCGGUGUGGCUACGACCUCUGAGCCUGCUCUCUCUGACAUCCAUGAGGCCCAGGCAACCACUCUCCCUGAGAUCUCUACCUCUAAGGUCAAGGGAAUUGCAUUCAAUCGCUUCUUCCAGGUUUGGCUGGAGAAUAUUGACUAUGAGGAUUCCGCUGGAGAUAAGAAUCAGGACUUUUUCGCAAAGCAGGGAAUUCUUCUGACCAACUUCUAUGCGGUGGCUCAUCCCUCCGAGCCAAACUACUGUGCUGCUGCGGGUGGUGAUACUUUUGGCAUGGACAACGACAACUUUCAUCAAGUGCCUGCCAAUGUUUCUACUGUCGUGGACUUGCUUGAAGUUGGAGAUGUCUCGUGGGCUGAGUAUCAGGAACAUUCUCCGUAUCCCGGCUACCAAGGCUUCAACUACUCCAAUCAGGAGACUUACAAGCCUGACUACGUUCGCAAGCACAAUCCUUUAAUUCUCUACAAUUCUGUCGUUCAGAAUGACACUCGCGCUCGGAAGAUUAAGAACUUCACCGACUUUGAGCAUGAUCUCGAGGAGAAAAAGCUUCCUCAGUGGGCUUUCAUCACUCCAAACAUGACCAACGACGCGCAUGACACCAACAUUGAGUUUGGUGCGGCUUGGGAGAGAAAGUGGAUGGAGCGUUUGAUGAAAGAUGAUUACUUCAUGAAAGACACUCUUGUUCUGCUUACAUACGAUGAGGACAAAACCUACAACAAAACAAACCGCAUCUACAGUGUCCUUGUAGGCGGUGCAAUUCCAGAAGAGCUCCGAGGUACCAAGGAUGACACCUUCUAUACCCAUUAUUCCACCAUUGCGUCUGUAUCCGCAAAUUGGGCUCUCCCUUCCCUAGGCCGCUGGGACUGUGGUGCAAACAUCUUUGAGCUUGUGGCUAACAUGACCGGGUAUGUGAACUACGACGUCGACACCACCAACCUCAGACUCAACAGUACCUACCCAGGGCCCCUUUCGGAUGGAUCUUACUCCAGUUUCUCUGCUGAGUGGCCAGUUCCAAUGACUAGCGGUGAUUGCUCUGGUGGUCCAAUUAAGGGUGAGAUCAGACAGGCCUACAAGGAUCAAAAGCCAACAUACAAUUACACCUAUCCUUUCCCAUGGGAUGCCAAGUCGAAGUACAACCUCAAUGUCACUGCCAGUCGCAAAGUCAAAGGCCAUGUGACUAACUUAGUUUCCAAGGAAUCGGAUACUAAGGAUACUAAGAAAGGUGCUGCCAUUACAAACGUGCCUGGAACUGCACUGAUUCUUCCUGGCGUUCUCGCCGCUGCCUUUGUCUAUCUGAUUUAG